AUGUGUUCAUCGGCUGCAAUCUAUUAUACACAAGAUCUCAUUGAUGCCAUCUCAAUCAAAUACAAGAAUCAGAAGAUUGCAUCAAAGUAUCCUGCUUGGCAUGUAGCAACACAUAUGUGGACAUCAGAGACACUACUUCCAUUUGUAUACUUUGUUCUGACUUGCAAUCCAAGCUUUAGGGACUGGGAAAACAUCAAAAGGUUCACAGCAUUGGUCUCCAAGGCUUAUCACUAUGAAAAUCCUGAGCCAAAUAUUGAGAAACUUACCCAAUUCAUCCUGUGGCAUACAGAGGUAAUUUACCACAUCUUACAAUUAGGUCCAAAGAUCAAAUCAUCACAAGGUACUCCAAUAAAACAUUCAAUGGAUAUACAACUUAAGGCUCCAAAACUCUCAACACUGGCCAUGAUUGUCUACCUGUUUCAUUCUGAUUCAGAUAGCUUCACUGCAAACCAGAGCACUAGGGAUAUCUUGGAGCGGCAUGUUUCUGUGACUUUUGAAAGAGACUAUCAACUUGGUUAUCCAACCCGCCAAAAUGAUCAGGAUGUGUAUGAUUCACUUAGGUCAAAGUGGGAAACCAAAUCAGAUGAGAUCACAACCACAGCUAAAGAUGUGCAUUGGCCUAAAUGCCAAUUUCCACUAAGGAGUAAAUCUGAGCCAAUGCUUUUGUUAAAUGGGGACAUUGAGAAUGACAUGAGAGUGAAGCAAGAUCCUCAAGUGUCUAGCUUCAUCCACAAUUGGCAAACACACUUCCUGGAAACAGUGAGAUUCAUCAGGAAUUCAAAGCCAGAAAACUUGGGUUUUCCUCCUUACACUCUCAAGAAUUUCUCUCGUGGGAUUCAUUUGUUUUUACAAGAUAGCCUUCCUGGAUCUGAUAAAUUUGAAGUAACACUUUUUGCUGAAUUCAUUCAUCAAGAUCCACAAGAUGAAUUCUUUGUAGAUUUUUGGGAAAAGUUUGAUGCCUCAGACUCUGGGAGGUUCUUGAAUCAACAAAAGAGAAGGAAAAGUAGGGUUGAAGUUAGACCCUGA